GGAGGCGGACACGUGGCAGCGGCGGCGGCGGCGGCAGCAGCGGCGGCGGCAGCAGCGGCGGCCUCGGUCCGGGGCGCCAGCCGUCCUCCCUCUUUCCUCCCGCAGCAGCCCUAGUUCCCGCCUCUCGGCUCCCCCGGCCACGCUCUCCCGGCCGGGAGCUGCUCUCUCCUCUUUCUAGUUUCCAGCCACAGGACCCGGCGCGGGGCCCGCAGCGCCGCCACCAUGGGGAAGGGGGUUGGACGAGACAAAUAUGAGCCUGCAGCUGUAUCAGAGCAUGUCGACAAAAAGGGCAAAAAGGCCAAGAAGGAAAGGGACAUGGAUGAACUGAAGAAGGAAGUUUCUAUGGACGACCAUAAGCUCAGCCUUGAUGAACUCCAUCGUAAAUACGGAACAGACUUGAGCCGAGGCUUAACACCUGCGAGGGCUGCUGAGAUCCUGGCCCGGGACGGCCCCAACGCCCUCACCCCCCCUCCCACUACUCCUGAAUGGGUCAAAUUCUGUCGGCAGCUCUUUGGGGGCUUCUCCAUGCUGCUGUGGAUUGGGGCUAUUCUUUGUUUCUUGGCUUACGGCAUCCGAAGUGCUACAGAAGAGGAGCCGCCCAAUGAUGACCUGUACCUCGGUGUGGUGCUCUCUGCUGUAGUAAUCAUAACUGGCUGCUUCUCCUAUUAUCAAGAAGCUAAAAGUUCCAAGAUCAUGGAAUCCUUCAAAAACAUGGUCCCUCAGCAAGCACUUGUAAUUCGAAAUGGCGAGAAAAUGAGCAUCAACGCAGAAGAUGUCGUAGUCGGGGACCUGGUGGAGGUGAAAGGUGGAGACCGGAUUCCUGCUGAUCUCAGAAUCAUCUCUGCAAACGGCUGCAAGGUGGAUAACUCCUCACUCACCGGUGAGUCAGAACCCCAGACUCGGUCCCCAGAUUUCACCAACGAGAACCCCUUGGAGACGAGGAACAUUGCUUUCUUCUCAACCAACUGUGUGGAAGGGACUGCACGUGGCAUCGUGGUGUACACUGGGGAUCGAACUGUGAUGGGCAGAAUCGCCACACUUGCUUCUGGGCUGGAAGGCGGCCAGACACCCAUUGCUGAAGAAAUCGAACAUUUCAUCCACCUCAUCACGGGUGUGGCCGUGUUCCUGGGGGUCUCUUUCUUCAUCCUUUCCCUGAUCCUGGAGUACACCUGGCUGGAGGCUGUCAUCUUCCUCAUUGGGAUCAUCGUAGCCAAUGUGCCGGAAGGUUUGCUGGCCACUGUCACGGUGUGCCUGACGCUCACUGCCAAGCGCAUGGCCAGGAAGAACUGCCUGGUCAAGAACUUGGAAGCUGUGGAGACCUUGGGGUCCACGUCUACCAUCUGCUCAGACAAAACUGGAACUCUGACUCAGAACCGGAUGACCGUGGCCCACAUGUGGUUCGACAAUCAGAUCCACGAGGCUGACACCACGGAGAAUCAGAGUGGUGUCUCCUUUGACAAGACGUCGGCCACCUGGUUCGCUCUGUCCAGAAUUGCUGGUCUCUGUAACAGGGCCGUGUUUCAGGCAAACCAAGAAAACCUGCCUAUUCUUAAGCGGGCAGUUGCAGGCGAUGCCUCUGAGUCGGCACUCCUAAAGUGCAUUGAGGUCUGCUGUGGCUCCGUGAUGGAGAUGCGGGAGAAGUACUCCAAGAUAGUGGAGAUUCCCUUCAACUCCACCAACAAGUACCAGUUGUCCAUUCACAAGAACCCAAACACUUCCGAGCCUAAACACCUGCUGGUGAUGAAGGGCGCCCCAGAAAGGAUCCUGGACCGCUGCAGCUCCAUCCUCCUCCAUGGCAAGGAGCAGCCGCUGGACGAUGAGCUGAAAGACGCCUUUCAGAAUGCCUACCUGGAGUUGGGAGGCCUUGGGGAGCGAGUGCUAGGUUUCUGCCACCUCCUUCUGCCCGACGAACAGUUUCCGGAAGGCUUCCAGUUUGACACUGAUGAAGUCAAUUUCCCUGUGGAUAACCUCUGCUUUGUGGGUCUGAUCUCCAUGAUUGACCCUCCUCGAGCCGCUGUCCCCGAUGCCGUGGGCAAAUGCCGCAGCGCUGGGAUUAAGGUCAUCAUGGUCACAGGAGACCAUCCGAUCACAGCCAAAGCCAUUGCCAAGGGUGUGGGCAUCAUCUCAGAAGGCAACGAAACUGUGGAAGACAUUGCUGCCCGCCUCAACAUUCCAGUGAACCAGGUGAACCCCAGAGAUGCCAAGGCCUGUGUCGUGCAUGGCAGUGACUUGAAGGACAUGACCUCCGAGGAGCUGGAUGACAUUUUGCGGUACCACACGGAGAUUGUGUUCGCCAGGACCUCUCCUCAGCAGAAACUCAUCAUCGUGGAGGGCUGCCAGAGGCAGGGUGCCAUCGUGGCCGUCACGGGGGAUGGUGUCAACGACUCUCCAGCUUUGAAAAAAGCAGAUAUUGGGGUUGCCAUGGGGAUUGUUGGCUCAGAUGUGUCCAAGCAAGCUGCUGACAUGAUUCUCCUGGACGACAACUUUGCCUCCAUUGUGACUGGAGUGGAGGAAGGUCGCCUGAUCUUUGAUAACUUGAAGAAAUCCAUUGCUUACACCCUCACCAGUAACAUUCCGGAAAUCACCCCCUUCCUGAUAUUUAUUAUUGCGAACAUUCCACUGCCCCUGGGGACUGUGACCAUCCUCUGCAUUGACUUGGGCACUGACAUGGUUCCCGCCAUCUCCCUGGCCUAUGAGCAGGCUGAGAGCGACAUCAUGAAGAGACAGCCCAGAAAUCCCAAAACGGACAAACUUGUGAAUGAGCGCCUGAUCAGCAUGGCCUAUGGACAGAUCGGUAUGAUCCAGGCCCUGGGGGGCUUCUUCACUUACUUUGUGAUUCUGGCCGAGAACGGUUUCCUCCCCUUUCACCUGUUGGGCAUCCGAGAGACCUGGGAUGACCGCUGGGUCAACGAUGUGGAAGACAGCUACGGGCAGCAGUGGACCUACGAGCAGAGGAAGAUCGUGGAGUUCACCUGCCACACAGCGUUCUUCGUCAGUAUUGUGGUGGUGCAGUGGGCCGACUUGGUCAUCUGCAAGACCAGAAGGAACUCUGUCUUCCAGCAGGGGAUGAAGAACAAGAUCUUAAUAUUUGGCCUCUUUGAAGAGACAGCCCUCGCUGCCUUCCUGUCCUACUGCCCUGGGAUGGGCGCCGCCCUUAGGAUGUAUCCCCUCAAACCUACGUGGUGGUUCUGUGCCUUCCCCUACUCCCUCCUCAUCUUCGUGUAUGACGAAGUGCGGAAGCUCAUCAUCAGGCGACGCCCUGGCGGCUGGGUGGAGAAGGAGACCUACUACUAACCCACUGCCCUGCACGCCGUGGAGCAUGUGGAGCAUCGUGCCACACUGCACCCACCCCCACCCCCUCUUUGUGUACUUCAAGUCUUGGAGCUCGGAACUCUACCCUGGUAGGAAAGCGCCAAAGCAUGUGGGGAGCCAGACGUCCUGGAAUGAAGCAUGUAGCUGUCAUGGGGGGCGGGGGGAGGGCUGCCUGAAAACACCCUGUACAGGAACGACAGUGGGCAAGGUUUAUAUGUGCCUUUUUGUUUUUGUAAAAAAGGAAAACCUGGAAAGACUGAAAGAUUACGUUUUAUAUCUGGAUUUUUACAAAUAAAGAUGGCUAUUAUAAUGGA